AUGUUAAAAUACAGCCCGGAGGAGAGCAGCCCUGAGGAGAGCAGCCCUCAGGAGAGCAGCGCUGAGGAGAGCAGCCCAUGGUCCCGUGAGGAGAGCAGCGCUGAGGAGAGCAGCCCAUGGUCCCGUGAGGAGAGCAGCCCUGAGGAGAGCAGCGCUGAGGAGAGCAGCCCAUGGUCCCGUGAGGAGAGCAGCCCUGAGGAGAGCAGCCCAUGGUCCCGUGAGGAGAGCAGCCCUGAGGAGAGCAGCCCAUGGUCCCGUGAGGAGAGCAGCCCACGGUCCCGUGAGGAGAGCAGCGCUGAGGAGAGCAGCCCUGAGGAGAGCAGCGCUGAGGAGAGCAGCCCAUGCCCUGAGGAGAGCAGCCCACGGUCCCGUGAGGAGAGCAGCCCUGAGGAGAGCAGCCCACGGUCCCGUGAGGAGAGCAGCGCUGAGGAGAGCAGCCCACGGUCCCGUGAGGAGAGCAGCCCUGAGGAGAGCAGCCCACGGUCCCGUGAGGAGAGCAGCCCUGAGGAGAGCAGCCCACGGUCCCGUGAGGAGAGCAGCCCUGAGGAGAGCAGCCCACGGUCCCGUGAGGAGAGCAGCCCUGAGGAGAGCAGCCCACGGUCCCGUGAGGAGAGCAGCGCUGAGGAGAGCAGCGCUGAGGAGAGCAGCGCUGAGGAGAGCAGCCCUGAGGAGAGCAGCCCAUGGUCUCGUGAGGAGAGCAGCCCUGAAGAGAGCAGCCCAUGGUCCCGUGAGGAGAGCAGCCCUGAGGAGAGCAGCCCAUGGUCCCGUGAGGAGAGCAGCUCACGUUCCCGGCAGGACCUGCGGAAUGAGGACCGGAGCCCCCCGUGA